UUGCAGCAGACCGCAUCCGCACUGGCCAUUAGUUGGCCGCUCGUUUCGACUGCGGUUGCAGACGUCGGGUCAGCAAGGGUGGCAUGGUCGGCAGGAGCAACCUGGCCUUGGACCUGGAGGCCCCCGAGCCCCGGGGGCGGCUCAACCUCACCGCCGAGCAGCUGGCCAAGCUCGAGGAACGGAAUCGACGGGCCAGGAAGGAAGGAGACGAUGCUCUGACCAAAACACUCUCCGUUUUCUACUGCAAAAUGCUGGUGGUUUUGGGCAUCGCUUUCCCCGUGACGGAGGCGCUGGCGCCGAAAGUCGCGUCCAACAUCGCCUAUGAGGCCUUUUAUCUCUUCUUGUACGGCGGCAGCGUUCUGUUUGUCCUCUACAUGUACGCCACCCUCACGAGAGACGAGUCCGAAGAGGAAAUUCCGCUUAAUCCACCGGUCCUUGCAGCCCCCUUGCGAACGCCGGUUAGCGAGUCGAGCGCUUCAAUAUCCAGAAAUCGAAGAAGAAGCAGCUUGUUUGGAAUAGAGAUUGCACCAACAUGGCGCCAAGCACCCAAGGCGAAAAUUGAGGAACAGGAACACGUGCGCUACGGCAGCUUUUACUUGAGACUCGGAGUCGCUGCUUUCGGGAUAUGCAGUGUGAUUUUUUCCGCGCUCGAAUUUGGCAGAUUUUUUGAGUUGAGGAACGAGGACGAGUGCCGAAACUACUUUUUAGCAAUCACGCCACUUUGCCGGAUCACGUUUGUGCUCAUUCAGAUGUUAUUCAUUUUCGCCAACAACAAGCUGAUGGAGAUCUACAGGUACAAAGUGAUUGCAAAGUUUGGUCUGAUGCACAUGAUCGCUACCAAUUUGUGCGAAUGGCUCUAUGUGCUCAUAGAGGAGACCAAAAGCGACAUUUACCACAUCAGAGAGAAGACUUUCCAGCACUCCCUCCACGAUUCCAGCUCCAUCGAGUAUGACGACGACGACUCGUCCUUUGAGGAGACUUUCUGGAGCGAAGGCCGAGAUUUUCCGUUGAACGCAAACUGGACAUCGCAAGAGUGCUAUAAAACCAACAUUAUGGGCAAUCUGCUGAAAGACACUAGUCCCUACUUAUUUCCUUGCAAUGUCGAGUACUCUUUGCUUUGUGCGGUCAUCCUGGCUGUCAUGUGGAAAAAUGUGUGUGGCCGAUCGUCGAAAAGCCUUUCACGUCCACGAGAGAGUGGCCUCAACUUGAUUUACAGCCGUUCAAUGAGCCAAUUUUCUGUGGACUGCACUAGUGCGUACAAAGGACUUUUUGUCGGCAUUGUUCUCGCUGUAAUCACAAUCAUGUCGCUCAUCAUGUUCUUUGAGCUCGUCUAUUUGCCAGGCUAUUCUUACUCAGCGGUCAUUCAAGUCAACAUUUUGGAAUGUGCCUUGUUCUUCUCUGGAACCAUCGCGGCAUUGGUUUUGGUGGUUAAAAUUCAGAGAAUCAGUGUUCAGAACAAUGCAGGCCGGUUCGAGUUGGAGCAUAUUUUGCUAGUGGUCACCCAGUCAGGAGUGUUUCUGUACUCCAUGUUUCAGGUAAUAGGAUCAGUAUUUUCUGUGGAGUUGAGCGACAUGGAAACCCUCGCAAUUAUCAACAUCAUUCUGCCGAUCGGUGCCAUCGUGCAGAGCGCGUGUCAAACGCUGGUUCUCCUUGACGCCUCUCGCCGUCGGUGCAAUACGCCUGCCCAGCUGAAGGAAAAACCUGGACGACAGCUGGUGACUUUCCUGUUGGUGACCAAUCUGGCGAUCUGGGCGCUAAAUAGGCUGAAGAAUGGCAGGGUCGAGUUCAAACCGGCACAGAUAGAGUUUUACGGGAAAUGGUCGUGGGCGGUGAUUACGCACGUCUGCGUUCCUCUCGUUGUUUGCUACCGAUUCCAGUCGACGGUGUGUUUGUAUGAAGUCUGGAAAAGAGGCUACAAGUUGAAGCCAGUAGCAAUAUGAACUGGAAAAUAAUAAUAAAAAAUGUGCCAUAAAAUCUA